AACAAAAUGGCGACUAAUAACAAUGAUCAAGCGGUGUUGGAGAGCAUUUUUAAUCCUAUGUUACCCUUAGGCGAUGCUGCUCCGAAGCUUCAAAAUGAAAACGACGUUAAUGAAGAAAAUACCGAGGAUGCCAUGCUAGCUAAACAACUGGAGGCAUCUGGUGUUGAGAAAGCAGAACAGGGCGAUCUAGAUGAGGCAUUGGAGUGUUUUAAUCAAGCUUGCGAAAUUUGCCCUUUACGUUCUUCGUGUUUCAACAAUAGAGCUCAGCUGUGGAGGUUAAAAGGAGACAUACCCAGUGCUCUGGAAGAUUUAAACAAAGCCAUUCAACUGGGCGAAGACAGAGGUGCUGCUACUGCCCAGGCAUACACCCAGCGAGCAUUAAUUCAUAGGCUGAAUGGAAAUGAAGACAAAGCACUUGAGGACUUUACAAAGGCAGCAGAACUUGGCAGUGCAUUUGCAAAAUCAAUGGUUGUACAGUUGAAUCCAUAUGCUGCCAUGUGUAACAGAAUGCUUGCUGAUGCCAUCAACAAGCUUAGAGGAGAGCCACAUUAAAUAUGAUUAUUGUAAAUUUUUCUCAAGCCAUGGAAUUUGUAACUGUUGUGCGUGGAUUGAUGUUCACAUGGAUGUCCAUUUUUCUGUUAGAUAGGAACAGAUAUUUAAUAGUCAAUAACCAGGUGAUAAACCUGUGACCAGAACUGAGUAGGAAGAAAUGCAGUAUACAUUUUGAAAUACCAUUCUACUUUUGCAGCAUUUUACCAUACUUGGAAAACAGAGCACCCAAAGUAUGUAACAGGAUUGGUAUAUUGUGCAACAAGGCAAAAUUACACGCAGAGGUUAAAGUAGACAAAUGGCUGCACUAUAUGCACCAAAGUUUGAUUUGUUUACAGCCUUAAUAAUGGUUAAGUGACCAACUUUUACAUGUAUGUAACACAAAUUUUUUCAGUUUGUUUUGAAGGAAACUUUAAUGGUUUUUUUCACUUUUGUCUUUGGUGCAUGCUUUAGUGACAUGAUUCUCAGAUAAUGGUGUUGGAUGUUUUUUCAAAUAAUUAAGGCCAAAAUUCUAGAUAAUUGAAAAAGGAAAUUAAAAUCCCUUUUUGAUGGUUUCACACAUGAUGCAAGAAGACAUUAUGCUCAUUGCAUAGGGGCAAUGUGGGCUUCACCUCCUUUUUUUUUGGCUGGCUUUCUUGAAGAUUCAAUAAAAUGCCCUGAUGUGAACAUUUACAGGUACAGGUACCUGUGCUGCAUUUUCUAAUGUUUAUUUUAACCUGGAGAUUAGUAGUGGAAGGCCUUGAAGGUCAGCAAUGUAUUCAGAAUUAGGUCAAGAGUGGAGUUUUGUUGAAAUUUACUUUGGUUGCUAAAGUUUGCAAGAGUAUUGACAGUUAUUACACAAACUGCUGUGUUUUCAACAUAGAACUUCCUAGUAACAUACCUUGCGACAUAGGAUCAAUGAGGGUUACAUUUGUCAAACUUUGAUGGGAUAAAUAUGGGAAUUAAAAAUUUCAUUAUUCCUAUCUGGAAGGUAUUUCCUAACACAGGUGAUGUUGAGUUAUUAAAAAUAAAAUGGCAUUAGGAGUUAA